UGCUCUGCUCCCCCCUCCCCUCCCCGCAUCUCUCUCUCCCUCUCUCUCUCCCUCUCCUGCAUCUUCCCACCCUGCUCUGCUGCAUCAGCACCAACCUCUCUCCAUCCUUAGAGCAUCUUCCUCCUCCCAGCUUGGCUGAGCAGGGAAGGCUCAGUUUAUCCAUUACUGCAAUUACCAGUAACCUUCCUUCCCGCCCUCCUCCUCCUCCUCUUCCUCCACCACCCCAAAGAAGAGGGGUCUUCGCCAGCCACCGUGUCUGUCUGUUGAGCCACACGGAGGGUGGGGGAGAAGACCCACUGAGGACCCACAGCCUCGCCAGGAAGCAAGCGCAAUGAAGGAUCGCACCCAGGAGUUGAGAAGUGCCAAAGACAGCGACGAUGAGGAAGAGGUGGUGCACGUGGACCGAGACCAUUUCAUGGAUGAGUUCUUCGAACAGGUGGAGGAGAUCCGCGGCUGCAUUGAGAAACUCUCGGAAGAUGUGGAACUGGUGAAGAAGCAGCACAGUGCCAUCUUGGCUGCCCCGAACCCAGAUGAGAAGACCAAGCAGGAACUGGAGGAUCUCACAGCUGACAUCAAGAAGACUGCCAACAAGGUGCGCUCCAAGUUGAAAGCGAUUGAGCAGGGAAUCGAGCAGGAAGAGGUGCAGAACCGAUCCUCGGCUGACUUGCGGAUCCGGAAAACGCAGCACUCAACCCUUUCCCGCAAGUUCGUGGAGGUGAUGACGGAAUACAACACAACCCAGUCCAAAUAUCGAGACCGAUGCAAGGACCGUAUCCAGAGGCAGCUGGAGAUAACUGGCAGGACAACAACUAACGAGGAGCUAGAAGACAUGCUGGAGAGCGGAAAGCUGGCAAUCUUCACCGAUGACAUCAAAAUGGACUCACAGAUGACGAAGCAGGCCCUGAACGAGAUCGAAACCCGGCACAACGAGAUUAUCAAACUGGAAACCAGCAUCCGGGAGCUUCAUGACAUGUUUGUGGACAUGGCUAUGUUGGUGGAGAGCCAGGGGGAGAUGAUUGACCGCAUUGAAUACAAUGUCGAGCACUCCGUUGAUUACGUGGAAAGAGCCGUCUCUGACACCAAGAAAGCUGUAAAAUACCAGAGCAAGGCUCGGAGGCCGCAUUGCCUUGACCCAGUGAUCAUCUUCCGUGACCUUCCAUUAUCUACACUGAGCAGCUAGGCUGCUGUGGGAUCUCGCUGGCUGCCAUAAACGAGAGGCGAUCCCUCGCUCUGCCUUCUGUGCAUGAAGACCAGCACGAGAACCUACCGCAGGCUAGGAAGACGGAAGUCCUGGGAGGAUCUUCAGGUCAAUUUCUGCAUGCACAAAGCGUCGCUCAUGCGGAAAGAGACCCAAAGCCCAAACCCACCUGAAUGCAAAAGCAAAGGCAUAUCCAUAUCAAAACUCCAUGCACAGAACUAAUUAUGCACAGUGUAUAGCUUAACUGUCGGUUGUAUCAGUGCCUGUGAAAUAAGAAGCAGUGCUAAGGUACUGAUCGCCCUGAAAGCAUACUCUGGCCAUGCUACAGUCGCAUUACCCAGCUCUUAAAAACUGGCAAAGUAUUAUUAUCCCAUUGGCCUAUUUGUGUUAAAAUUCACGCCCCUGUGUAACAGUAUUCCAUCGCUAGAGUAUCCUAAUGAUGCUGUAUCCUUAGCAGAAAACAACGGCACCUGAUGCGAUUAGAAGAAGCCACACUCUGACCCUUGCCAAAUGUGCUGCAGUAUUUAAGAACCCACUUACCAAAGGUGGAGCAGUAUUCCGGAGUAAGGUAAUACUGUGCCCCUGUGUCGAGUUUAGUGAAAUAGCUUUCUGCCUUUCCGAGAAAAUAAAAUGAGCAAUGCAAACUGCGCCAGCAACCUUAGCACCCAAACUAUGCAUCCUUUUCAGGAGCGCUCGGUUGACGUUUGCUCCUUUAAAUGGCAUCUCUAUUUAAAAGGAGAAGAAGAGAGAGAAAAAGCACACCCAAUGAUUAGAUUUUGUAGUAGAACAUUAGCUGCUUCUUGGUAGGCUUUUGUAGAUCUGGAAUUACCUGGAGUGAGUACCAACGAUCCAAUUAUAAUAUGAGUAGAUUGUGUUGUGGAGUUACCAUUCUGGGGGGAAAAUAGUAUUAUUAUUUUUUUAAAGAAUAGCAUGAAAAUUAUUUUCUCCAGAAUGUAACAUUUCUCUAGGAACAUGUAGGGCAGUGUUUUUCAAUGUUCGGGAGCAUUCUUACGUCUGAGAUGUUUGAGAGCGUGUAAGAAGUGUCCCCCACCCCAACCCGGUGUUUUUGCAUAAAUCCCUGUUCUGCCUCCUUUGAGGGGAAGCCAGUUUACUAAGUCUCUGUCUUGACCGUCAUUGCAUCAUCCAGUCCCUCCCAAUGCAGAGACUCAGCAGAAAUGCCCCAUUCCUGGUUGAUUUGACAAAGCCCGAGUAGUGAGCAUACAGAGAUGCAUUGGGCAGCCUCCUUUCCGGCUGGGUCAUUUGGGCCGACAAAAGGGCACUUCAUUCUUUCUUGGGCUCCUGUUCUCAGUGUGGAAUUCCUGGUGUGUUGAGGAAUUCCUCAACACACCAGUUAUCAAAGAUGGCAAGGUCCAUACAGACCUGUUCUUCGCUGGAAGCGUCUUCCGUUUCCCAUGGCCGCAGUGUAAAGUGAAGUGGGCUCUACAUUUGAUGGUCUUCCUAGAUUGUGAGGGACAGAGGUCAGGGAAGCACAAAGCCCCCCACCACCAACCUUUCAUGGGCUACCCCUGCCAUUGAUCCCCUCGCGACUUUUUCACUUCCUGUCGAUGCGCUAGCAGUUACAGCUAGGUGUGCACACCUUUUUGAAUGUCCCAAGAAUUUCCUCCUGAUACCUGAGCCUGCUAAUCCAGACUGGGGGGCAGAUAUGGGGCAGCCCCCAAAGUGCCAGCCGUGGAUGCCUCAGGCUUCAAAACACAUUGAAUGUGGAAAUUUUGAGGAGUCACCCACAUGGGAAUAAGUAGCCAGAAGCGGCGAUGGAAAUUAUCCAACCCUCUUGGCUGUGGAAGGUGACCUUUAGCGUGGAAUGACUCCAGACUGGUUAGAGGAAAUAAUGCAAUUCUAGAGGGAGGAAGCCCAGUUGUUCUGUAAUGCUCAGGAUCCUAUCCAUUUAGGCCCCGCCCAGUUCCACCUGCAAUUCUGUUCCCCAGGGUUCACUCUCUUAAACAAAAGGGUCCUCCAUACAACUUUCCUACUGGGGUGGGUAACGGUGAUUUCCCCCCACCUCCAAACUCUCAUUUCCCUUACCCAUUCACGCAUCUGCUAUUUCUUCCGUCACCUUUGAUUCUGAUUUUAUAAAGUGUGUGUGUGUGUGUGUGUGUGUGUGUGUGUGUGAAUACAUAUCUGUAUGUAGAUAUGUUCAACAUUUGUUCAGCGUGGAGGUUUUUUGUACCUAUAUACAACGGAGCUGAUGGGGAUAUAGGUAAACAUAUAUAAACACACGCUUGUUGUAUACUUCAAGCAGUAUGUGAUGUGUGUUUGCAUAUGUGUGGGUGUGCCUGUGUGCUACUCUGUACGUUUCUGGUUUUCCGCAUGUGAUCACUGGCAGUCCUUUGCCCUGCUUACUCCAGAAGGAGGAGAUCCUUAAACUUCAGCGGGGAUUUGGGCAAAGGUUGCUCCAGAGUAAGGGGGUUUGAGAUCUAGGUAUAGGUAUCCUCGUAUAUAUGGCAUCCUUGCUGUCAGACUUUAUAGGAAGAUUCUAUGGGCAACUUUUCUCUCUUUCUUUUAAAGCACCACCAAAUUUGUGUCAGAUCGGGGGUUCACACGAUCACUCAGUCUAGAUUAGUUCACACCAGUAACGGAGAAUUAACAAACAAUGAAUGCAGUUAUAGAAGAACAAAGAAUGAUCUUUCAAAUACUGCUGGAUAGGGUAGCGAUUCUAAACUUUAUUUGCAAAUGAAACCAACAUUAGAAAUACAAUGCACAGAUUUACAAGAGGAAACUGGGGGAACCCAUCACCUUUUUAUGUUAUUUUUACCACCCUGAUUAUGUGAAUCAAAGGGUAGCUAGAAAAUGCAAACAUUGAUCUAACCAUGCACUGGAAAUUCACUGAUCCUUUAGUAAUUGUGGAAAUGGAUCACAGAAGCUAGUAUACCUUAGUUGCUUCACCUAAAGAUGGGGCAGAAAUUCAAUUUGGCUUACAUUUAAACAGGAAUCAACCCAAUUCAUGCUUCCCGAAACAAUUUGAAAUUUGCCCUUUGAAAUUUGUCCUCUCCGAAUUUUGUAAUGAUGCUCUCCAACUCUUCAUGAAGCCUUCUCCCCCCUCCCCCCCAUUGCAAACUGAAAUAUGGAGAACUGAACUUAAAGACUGGUGAAAAUGAGAAAUGGAGAGGAACUGAAAUUGACGGGUUUGCCCGUCCUUAGCUUCAGCAAGAAUGGAGAAGCGGACCCCCAUCACCGUAUUUUAAAAUGCCGCUAUUAGUUAUUCUGUUUAGAGCUGAGCUACGCAGUCAGCAGAUCUGUGUGACUUAUCUCCUGGUGCUGAACCCACAUGACUUCAGACAGCAGGCAGAGGACCAGGCGCUUGAGCCCUUCCGUGUACUGUACUGUAUAAAUCCCGUCCAUUUCGCUGGCAUAUGGUUGUUCUGCGUAGGGAGGGAAGUUAUACUGUACUUGAGCAAGCAUUCAAAUGGCCCAUCCUCCACCUGCAGCUUGAAGCAGUGUAUUAGGUCUGAUCACGAAGCUUGACUCUUAAGAGAAACCACCCAGGGUUAACACAAUCCUCACAUUCGCAGGAUGCUUACAAGACCUUGUGGGGACGUAACUGGAGUACAGAGUGUGGCAAAUGUCUGCUACGUGUUGUUGGCAUGACGAAGUAUGCUUAACAUGCAUACGUGACACUGUUGAUGCCUGUGUCCAGCUUUUAAUGUGCCUAAAUACUACGCGCUAUAACUAUUUAUUUGUGUGUGUGCGUGUGCGAUUGGUUCUCAAAGUGCAAGGUGGGUCUACCAAGGAAAGGGCAAACAGUUGCUGGGGGAGAUGAAAUCCCUUCUGUGACUCCCCUCAAUUGGGCCAGGAGGUUGGAGGGGCCCCUUCUACCUCUCCCCUCCCCUCUCUGCCCUCAACAAAACCACAGAUCACGUGCCCUGUCCCUUGGGUUUGCCGCCAAUACUGAGGAUUAACACUGCCUUCAAAAUUCAUCUCGGCUAUACAUUUCUCCGAGGGCAAUUGGAAACUUUGUCUUUUCCUUGGCUUUUUUGGGGAGAAGUUCCAUUGCUGUAGCUCGCUGGCAAUCUGAGAACCAUUUCUCUGUAUUAUAUCGUGGAGAGGUAGAGAUAACAUUUAUGUAUAUACUGGUAUAGGCCACGUUUUUGCUAUGCAAUGGGUUUCUAAUGUGUGCAUUUAGAGGCAAUCUGUUUACCCCCCCACCGCUCCCCACCCCCAUAUCACUUAGCAGGCAAGAAAGCCCAGUUGGAAACUGGCUGCCAUGAUCCUAACUCCAAAGUGGCUCAGGGUCCAAAUCGUUGUGUUGGGAUAUCUAAAAGCCAUUGCAAAUUCAGCCGCUAAGCUAUAUCAGUAUAUUAAUGUGUGUGUCACAAGCGUGCAAAUCGAACACAUAGGUCUGACUUACCGGUGUGGGUGUGCUGCUCAUCUUUUUGUGUGUGUGUGUAUAUAAACACACACACACACACACACACACACACACACACGUAAACACACAAACACACCCCGACACAGUUCAACUCAAACACACACACACACAUUAAAAAUGUGAACGGAACUGUAAUUACCCUCAACCAAGCCCAAAAAGUUUCCAUUCAAUAUCUGGGGUUCAUCUAUUAGAGAAAUUACGGUAGGCGGGACUGGCCCAAAUUAAGUGUGCAGUGCAUGGUGGGAGAUGUAGUCCACACAUGGUUUGCCCUGAAAAGCUGCUUAUACUUGUGUGAACUGCAUUUUUCGUGUUCUGUUGGGAGGCUGGAUUUAUUUACUUUUUAAUGGUGGGAAUGCCUUGGUCUGUUCAAAGAAUCAUCCUUUACAUUCAGGGUUAAUCUAUCCAUUUGCCAUGGGGUGCUUUUAUUUCAUUGUUUAAAUGUGUUUAAAGGAUACCUUUGUUUGGGGGUAAAUGCAGUGUAAACUCCAGAGUAUAUUUGUACAGUACUGUGUUUUCUCUGUGUAAAUACAUACAUACAUUCCUUA